UGCGCAAAUUAUAAUAAGCAUUGUGAUCUUUCUAGUUUAUACGAUUGCUAUUUCACUUAAAUUGCUCCUUGUUUACUAUUUCUGUCCCAAAAACUAAUAGACACCUAGUUUUUAAUUCUGGAAAGAUACAAGAAAUGAGGAGCAUUUAAAAUUACACGUACUAUAUCAUAUGAGGUUUUGCUCAUCGUCAUCCUGCUCUAUAUCACCGACAAACUCUGAAAAAUGCACAUCGGCGAUUCUCUUCACCUCCCAACUACCUUAGCCUCUGCAAACAGCAACAUCUACCCCUUUAAUUUCCUCUAUUCACCAUGUCAAGAUUAUUUGCAGUUGGUAAAACUAAAGGACUUAGACAAUCCUUGUACAGAAAUCAGACCACUAUCCGUUCGGGACAAGUGAAAAAAGGAGAUCUUAUUAGGUUUGGGGUAUGUUCUCCUAGAUGUAGAUUUUAUGGGCAGUAUGUAUCUAUCACUAGGGGACAUGUGUCAUCCGUAUCACAUAGAACACGUAAUUCUUUCUAUGGGAGUUAUUCAGUGACUACAUCAGGAAAAGCUGUAAGAAAUCACUCACAAAUUGCUUGGAAGAAGUUAUCAAGUAAAUCUUUCCAUGAGGGACAAACUUUUAUUCGCUUAAGUCGAUUUGCACAAGCACUUAGCUUGGCAUUGAGCAGGUCUUAUGUGAUUCUCCCUGGUUUUCUUGCCUUAUCAUAUGGAAAAAAUAUAGCACUGGCACAAGCACCACUAGACUUGGAGUAUGGUCGCCCAAGAACUAGCUUCUACAGGCAUGCUGAAGAUGGACAUUUUUUGGUUACCUCAUUGUUGCAUUCCAUACUUGAAGGUUUUAUUCUGCUGUUGAGAGCCUUUUAUCUGGGGAUACUCUUUUCUCCUAGCAUUGUAAUGGCCCCAUUUGCAGAUGUUUUUGGACCUUCUUCAAGGAAACUGUGGCUUCAGGUAAUUCGUAUCACACUCGAAAGAGCAGGUCCUGCAUUUAUCAAAUGGGGCCAGUGGGCAGCUACACGGCCUGAUCUUUUCUCUAGAGAUUUGUGUACUCAGCUAUCAAAGCUUCACACAAAAGCUCCUGAACAUAGCUUUGCUUACACGAAAAAGACAAUCGAAAAAGCAUUUGGUCGAAAAAUUUCUGAAAUUUUUGAUGAAUUUGAGGAGGAACCUCUGGCAUCUGGAAGUAUUGCUCAAGUGCAUAGGGCUUCCUUGUUGUAUCAAUACCGUGGUCGACAGAUCAAACCAAUAAAGGUGGCUGUGAAAGUUAGGCAUCCUGGAGUGGGUGAAUCAAUAAGACGAGAUUUUGAGAUUAUUAAUUUAGUUGCUAAGAUAUCAAAGUGCAUCCCUAAACUUAAGUGGUUAAGGUUGGAUGAAAGCGUCCAGCAAUUUGCUGUUUUUAUGAUGUCUCAAGUUGAUCUUGCUAGGGAAGCUGCACAUUUAAGCCGCUUCAUCUAUAAUUUUCGGAGAUGGAAGGAUGUCUCUUUUCCAAAGCCUGUCUAUCCCCUAGUGCAUCCUGCAGUAUUGGUGGAGACUUUUGAACAAGGGGAAUGUGUUUCAUAUUUUGUUGAUGAGCUUCAAGGCCAUGAAAGACUUAAAAGUGCACUCGCUCAUAUUGGGACGCAUGCUCUUUUGAAGAUGCUUUUGGUGGAUAACUUUAUUCAUGCUGACAUGCAUCCUGGAAAUAUCCUUGUUCGGGUAAACCAAAGCAAGUCAUCUCGGAAACGCAUCUUCAAAUCAAAGCCUCAUGUUGUUUUCCUUGAUGUAGGCAUGACUGCUGAACUUUCUAACAAUGAUCGGAUAAUAUUAUUGGAGUUCUUUAAGGCAAUUGCUCGUCGAGAUGGCCGGACUGUAGCAGAGUGCACUCUGCAAUUGUCAAAGAAACAGAAUUGUCCUAAUCCAGAAGCCUUCAUUAAGGAAGUGAAGGAGUCAUUUGAUUUUUGGGGGACUCCACAAGGUGAUUUGGUCCACCCUGCUGAGUGCAUUGAACAACUUCUCGAGAAAGUUAGGCAGCACAGAGUGAAUAUAGAUGGCAAUGUCUGCACUGUUAUGGUGACAACUUUAGUCCUUGAGGGCUGGCAAAGGAAGCUUGAUCCUGAUUAUGAUGUUAUGCACACACUGCAGACACUGCUGCUCAAAUCUGAUUGGGCCGAAUCUCUUACUUACACCAUUGAAGGACUCAUGGCCCCAUGACAAGCUCUUCUUACUCUUCCUCUUACUGAAAGAUAACUACUUUUUAAGUGUAAAAUAAAGCAUUGUAUAUAAGCCAAUAGUUCAAUUUGGUUAAAGUUUUAAGCAUUUCAGCUAGCCUGAGUGUAGAAAGCAGUCUUAGGGAGAGGACUUUGUCCUGUACUUGUUGCUUUGAUCCAAAAAAAAUUAUCCCAUGCAAGAGUUUAUAAGUAAAGAAGAAUAAAAGGUCAUUCUUUGUUUGUCAUCUA